ACUUCCGCUGCGUUUGACGCUCAGCGGCCAUACUUGUACUUCCGUUCUUCAAGGGUAUCAGAAGACACCAGUCUAAGAAAUCAAACAUGUACAGGUUUGCGAAAGCUGCUGUCAACAUCACCGGUCAGGCGGCAAGGCAAGUUAGGUAUGGCUCCACCGCCCCCCAGAACUUCCACGCCAAGUAUGGCACCGGAGUGUUGCUUGGUGGGAUGGUGUUCUGCACAGCUGUGUGGUCAUAUGUGCUGACUCAGACUGGCAUCACCUGGAAUCUGUCACCGGUUGGCAAGGUCAUGCCCAAAGAGUGGCGGGAGGCUGAGGAGUAAAACAAGAAAAGAAAAACUGCCAUUCUUGACCCAGUUUCCAUCUAAAACAAAAACCUGACUGUACAGAUGAACAAUGAAUAUCUGCUUGUGUGAAUCCCAACAUUGUGUUGUCCAAAUAAAUUAAAAUAUGAUUCUCCA